UAGCGUUCACUCAUAAAAAAAAGGAUGUCUGGCGAUGUGCAACCAAGAAAACGAAAGGAAAAACGACGUAAACAAGAUGAUGAAGAUACGGGUACUCCACCGCCUACUUUGAUCAGUCCGACCGAUACUUCUGUCGAAAAUGUUACUAUUCAUAUUUAUAAAGAAAGUAGCACAGGUGGACAUUGGUGUGCACGAAUCAUAUUUUUCGUUUUACUGGCUGUUCUUACCGGAUUGAUUGGUAUAAUAAUCUUCGAACAUAGAGGGACUACAGAUGUCGAUACACCAAUUGCAUCUUCACGUUGGGCAAGUAUAUUUGAAGGAUGGGUGGAUGACUCGUCUUACGAUCAUCAUGAUGUAUCGCAUGACGAAAUAGUGGAAGCAAGUGAAACAGUGUUAGAACAAGAGGAAGAAAAGGAAGAUCAUGAGAAAGGAGAAUCGACAGAAGAAAUUGGCGAAGAAGAAAAAGCAGAAAAAGAGGAGGAGACAGAAGAAGAAGAAGAAGAAGAAGACGAAGAAGAAGAAGAGAAAGAAGAAGAUGAUGAUGAAAAAGAAGAAGAGGAAGAGGAGGAGGAAAUAGAUGAAGCAGAAAAUGAAGAAAUAGAAGAAGAAGAGGGGGAAGAAGGAAGUCAAGAAGAGGAAGAGAUACAAGAAGAAGAAGGUAAUAAUGACGCAAAUGAAGAUGAAAGCGAAGAAAAAGAUAUUGAUGAAGAAAGGGCCGACGAAGAAGAAGACGAAGAAAAAACACAACAACAAUAUGACAAUGCUGAUACAUUGGAAGAAACUGAUGAUGAUGAGACAAAUGAAUAUGAUGAUGGAAACGAAGGAAAUGAUAACUUUGAUGUGGAGCUUGAAGCUAGCAUGGAGAUUGUUGAUACCUCUGUAGAAGAAAAAGAUGACGAUAUAUUUAUGGGAUUCGCAGAUAUACCUGGCAUUCAUAAAAUUGACUCUAAUAGUGCUGAUCCUCUAGAAGAGAUAGAAAGUGAAGAACGAGAAGAAGAUAUAGAUGAUGUAGAAUCUGAAGUUGAAGCUGAAGAGGAAGAAAUUGAAGAAUCUACUAGCGUGGCUGUGAAAUUUGGAGUCGGUGUUGCACUUGUUGUUGCUGCGCAUUUUGUUCUCGUUAGACGAUGGAACAAUGUUAAUACUUCCUGUUCUUCACAUGAUUCAAUCGACACACCUGAUUUAUCAAGACGCAAUACAAUAGUUCCACCACUUCAUAUUAAACAAGCGAUUAUAUCAGCUGAGAAAAUAGAUGAUAAAGCACCUGUAGAAGUGCAAAUAAAAAAUUAUGAAGACUUGAGAUCCAAGUAUAAGAAGCUGCAAAAAGAAAAUAUUUCUCGAACUGAUGUAAAGAAUUUGAUUUCAAAAGAUAAAUCACAAAUAACAAAAAAAUCAACUCAAAAUACAGCUAAAGCAGAAAUCAAUACUAAUCGGGAUCAAUUUAAAAUAGUAUCAUCUGAGGAAGAAGAUUAUGAAUUAGAAACAUCAGAAGGCGAACGUAUUUCGGGAACGGAAGAGUACGAUGAAGAGCGAAUAGAAGAAAAUAAUGAUAAUGAAGAAGAAGAAGAAGAAGAAGAAGAAGAAGAAGAAGAAGAAGAAGAGAAGGGAAGAAGAGAAGAAGAGGAAAUCGAAAAUGUUGAUGAUUCAGAAUUAAUAGCUAAACUUGAUGCAAAAUAUGGAAAAUUAUCCACUCCACAGGAUAGUGAAGCUGAUGCUGAAGAAGAAGAUGAGGAGGAAGAAGAGGAAGAGGAGGAGAAGGUGGAGGUGGAGAUGGAGGAGGAGGAGGAGGAAGAGGAAGUGGAAAAAGAGGAAAAGGAGAAGAGGAAACAAAAGACAAAAUACUAGAACGAAAACGUAUUAAAGCUCUGAAGGACUCACAUAUGGAAUCUGAAGCAAGAGCAUCCAUUCGAC